AUGACUUUGAAAGAUAUGGGUCUCCUCUGCCGCUAUUUACCAUUGUCAUCAUCUUGCAAGAUAAGAGACAAUUCAUGCAAUUUGGGAGAGAUGCAAAUCUCGUUUGGUGGCUAUAAUCCUGAGCAUAAGAUAGAAGCAUGGAUCAUGGAAUGGGCCAAUCAAACAACCCAAGUUGGUUACAUUACAUUCUCUCAUGAGCAUCGACAGCCCCGGGCGAGGGGACUGCUAGGGUUUCGAGGUUCUUACGUGAAGGGUGAGAUUUCCAUGGGCGAUGGAGGCGUCCCGUGCAUGCCUUUGCAGUAUAUUAUGGAGAGGUUGCCGAGUUCCGAGAAGACUGUUGUGUGCGGAGGCAAGAGUGGGAAUGGCUUCAAUUCCAAGUUGCUCAAGUUUGCUGGCAAUGAGAAGAGGAAGAUGAAGGCGAGAAAGAGUGAAUUGGGGCUGGAUAGAGUGAGCAAGAGGAGCAACAAUGAUAUUGAGAAUGGUGGCGAAGUGGACAAGCAGCAAGACAAGGUGCAGAAAGAGGAAGUGGAGGAGGGUGAAUUGGUAACUUUGAAGUGGGCAAGGGCUGACCUGGAGAACGGGGAGUUCGUGCCAGAGAUGCCGCCACCACCACCACUGAGGAGGGGAGAGAUUGAGAGCGGGGAGAUUGUGAGUGAGAAGUGGAAAGGAAGGGAGCUGGAGAAGGGGGAGAUUGCUUCUGGGAAAUGGAGGAAAGAGGAUGUGGAAAGAGGGGAGAUAGUUCCUGAGAAGGGUGGUAGGAAAGGGGAAACUGAGAGAGGUGAAUAUGGGUCGUGGAGGGGAGUAAAUGAUGAAAUUGAGAAGGGAGAAUUCAUUCCGGAUAGAUGGUACAAGGGAGAUUAUGAUAACAGUAGAACUCGCAGGUACCAUUCAAGUAGGGACAAAGGGUGGAAAAUUGAACGUGAACGUGAACGUGAAAGUACACCUUCUUCUGGAAGAUAUACAGGGGAUGACUUUUUUAGGAAGAAGGAAUUGAAUAUUCGUGCGAGUCAGCAUGGUAAAAGCUCUCCCAGGUGGGAGGGUGGACAACAGCGGAAUGUAAGGAUCAGUUCAAAGAUUGUGGAUGAUGAGAAGAAUGUUCACAGCAAUGGUAAGGACCUUGCACGAGAUUACACUUCUGGUAGUCGCUUGAAGAGGCUUGGCAAUGAUACUGACAGCUAUGAGCGGAAGCACUCUGCAGAUUAUGCCGCUUCGAAAAGCCGAAGACUUUCUGAUGAUAGCUGUCGCCAAGUUUAUUCAGAAAACUAUUCUCGUCGCUCUGUGGAACGUUCUUACCGAACUAAUAAUGCCACAAAGUUAUCAGCAGAUAAGUAUUCUUGUAGGAAUCAUGAAUCUUCUUUGUCUAUCAGACAGGUUUAUGACAGGCAUGGGCGCAGCCCUGGUCAUUCUGAGCGGUCCCCACGAGACCGAGGAAGGUAUUAUGAUCAUAGAGAUCGAACUCCAGUACGUCGCUCCCCUUGUGGCCGCGACCGAUCUCCUUAUAAUCGGGACAAGUCCCCCCACGGUCGGGAGAGGUCCCCAUAUCCGUAUAACCGGGAGAAAUCCCCUCAUGUUCGGGAAAGGUCCCCAUAUUCGAGGAACUGGGACAGAAGUCGUCAGCAUGAUCACAAAUUGAGAAGUCCAAUGAGAGCUGAGCAGUCACCUCAAGAUCGAAGUCGGCGACAUGAUCAAAGGGAUAGUACCCCAAAUUUGUUAGAAGUAUCUCCCCUUGAUCGGGCAAGGAAAGACAGUCGACGGGAAUCAAGUUGUAAAACCUUAUCAACUGAAAAACAUGAUUCGCAAAAUAAUUGUAAGGACCACGAGGAUAAGCAGAUUCAAAAGGAUUCAAAUUGUUCUUGUACAGAAUCUCAAAGUGAAAAAAAUGUGCAAGAUACCAUUAAGUCUAUUGAGAAAGACACCUGCAGUCAACCUGCAAAGGAACAGCAGAGUUGCAGCCCAGUUGUUAGCCACAAAGAAUCUCCUCACUCCGAGCCACUUCCUGAGGAGAUGCCUUCUAUGGAAGAAGAUAUGGACAUUUGUGAUACCCCUCCGCAUGUCCCUGUGGUGACAGAUUUGUCGUCAGGGAAGUGGUAUUACCUGGACUACGAUGGUGUAGAAAAUGGGCCUGCUAAAUUGUGCGACAUCAAGGUCCUUGUGGAUGAAGGUGUACUAAUGUCGGAUCACUUUAUCAAGCACCUAGAUAGUGACAGGUGGUUAACAGUUGAGAAUGCCGUGUCCCCUUUGGCACCUCAGAGCUUUCCUUCAAUUGUUUCUGAUAGCAUAACUCAACUGGUAAAUCCUCCAGAGGCUCCUGGUAAUAUCUUGUCAGAUACGGCGGAUAUUCUUCAAUCUGCUCCUGAGAAUCACCAGGAAAUUCUAACCCACUCGCCGCCACCAGUAUGCCCUAGUGACAGUUUACAUACAUCUGAACUUUUGGAGGACUUCCACAUUGAUGAAAGAGUUAGAAAUCUGUUAGAGGGUUAUGAUGUCACUCCUGGGAUGGAACUUGAGGCAAUAAAAGAAGUGUUACUAAUGAAUUUUGAAAAUGCGAAAGGGGAGGGAUUGGGAGACUAUGAAGGCUUAGAAUUGGCAGAGCCUUUCUGGAAUCAGCUAAGUGCCGCCACAGCCACUGUUCAGUUUGCUAUAUGGUUUGCUAUGGUUGCUACUCUAAACCACUCCCUCCACAAUGGCAACCACUGUUGUUUUCUUUGGAGUGUUUCGUGCCUUGGGGAAGAUUGUGAUUCUAGUACUGAUUUAACAUCAAGAGAUUCUGAGUCUCAGCCAAAUAUGUCAUGUGAUAAGGAUAAUGGAUUUGCCUUUGGUAUUUCUAGUGACUGGUUUUCCACCCGUUGGUCAUGUAAAGGUGGUGACUGGAAGAGGAAUGAUGAUACUCUGGAUAGAUAUUCUAGAAAGAAACUUGUCCUAAAUAAUGGUUUUUCGUUAUGUCAAAUGCCAAAGUCUGGAUGUGAAGAUCCUCGUUGGCCUCAAAAAGAUGACUUGUAUUUUCCUUCUCAAAGCAGAAGGCUUGAUCUUCCUCUGUGGGCAUUUUGUGCUGAAGAGCGGGAUGAAUGCAGUGUUGCGAGCAGAUCAGUUCAAAGUAAGCCUAUUUCUGUGAGAGGAGUGAAAGGUAAUGUUCUUUCAGUAGUCAGGAUAAAUGCAUGUGUAGUUAAGGACCAAGGAUCAUUGGUCUCCUCUGAGUCACGCCAGAAGAUGCGGGGCAAGGAAAGACAUCAUUCUAGGUCAGCACGGCCCUUCUCUGCAACCAGUGAUAGCAAGAGAUCAUCAACUGAACUUGAUUCUCAGUUAAAAGCUUUUAGUGAUCAAGGUUCUUACCGGAUCAUGGAAUUCCUCAACACUCCUAAAGACCAUCUCUGUACUAUCCGUGAGUUGCAAUUACAUUUGGGUGACUGGUAUUAUCUUGAUGGUUCUGGGCGUGAAAGGGGGCCCUCAUCAUUUUUGGAGCUACAGUAUUUAGUAGAUCAAGGAAUGAUAAAAAGGCAUAGCAGUGUGUUCAGGAAAAGUGAUAAACUCUGGGUUCCUAUUACCUCUGCUACAGAGACGUCUGAUGGCAGUCUCACGAAUCAUCAAGAAAGCAGUUCAAUAUCUGGUGCAUCCUCUGGUAUUCCACCAAAGCAAACUCUAGCAUGUGACGAACCUUGCACAAAUUCAAGUUUGUUUCACAGCUUACAUCCUCAGUUUGUUGGUUAUACUCGUGGGAAGCUACAUGAACUGGUAAUGAAAUCAUAUAAAAGUCGAGAGUUUGCUGCAGCUAUAAAUGAAGUUUUAGAUCCCUGGAUCAAUGCAAGACAACCAAAGAAAGAAAUCGAAAAACAACUAUAUUGGAAAUCAGAUGGUGAUGCACAUGCUGCCAAGAGAGCACGAAUGCUGGUUGAUGAUAGUGAAGACGACAGUGAUUUUGAAGAUGGCAAUGUUACUAUCGAGAAGGAUGAAUCCACUUUUGAGGAUCUAUGUGGUGAUGCUACUUUACCUGAAGAAGAAAUUGGUGUUACUGAUUCAGAAAUGGGAAGCUGGGACAACAUGGAUGGUCGUGUGUUGGCACGGGUUUUCCAUUUUUUGAAAUCGGAUUUGAAGUCCCUUGUUUUUGCUUCAAUGACUUGCAAACGCUGGAGAGCUGCUGUAAGGUUUUAUAAAGGAGUGUCAAUACAAAAUGCUUACGACAAAGAGAAGAUCAAUUCUAUAAUUCUAAGGGGUUGUGUUAACAUUACAGCUGACAUGCUUGAGAAAGUUCUUCUUUCAUAUCCUGGUUUAUUUACAGUAGAUAUUAGAGGGUGCAACCAGUUUGGAGAGCUGACACUUAAAUUUGCCAAUGUGAGAUGGAUUAAGAGCCGAAGUUCACACAUGACUAAAAUUUCUGAGGAUCCUCAUAAAAUUAGGAGCCUUAAACAUAUAACAGAGCUAACCUCAUCUUUUUCCAAAUCCAGCAGUAUAGGUAUAGAUGAUUUUGGGCAAUUGAAAGACUAUUUUGAUAGUGUGGAUAAGAGAGAUACCAAGCAAUUGUUCCGUCAAAACUUGUACAAGCGGUCAAAACUAUAUGAUGCUAGAAAGUCCUCCUCCAUUCUCUCUAGGGAUGCUCGAACAAGGCGUUGGGCAAUCAAGAAAUCUGAAACUGGUUAUAAGAGGAUGGAGGAAUUCCUUGCUUCAAGACUCAGGGAAAUUAUGAAGACCAACUCUUGCGACUUUUUUGUGCCUAAGGUUGCGGAAAUUGAAGCUAAAAUGAAAAAUGGUUAUUACAGUAGCCGUGGGUUGAAUUCUGUGAAAGAGGACAUAAGUAGAAUGUGCCGUGACGCCAUAAAAGUGAAGAAUCGGGGUGAUGCUAGUUACAUGAAUCAUGUUAUCACAUUGUUUAUUCAGCUUGCAACACGGCUGGAAGAGAGUUCUAAAUCUGUGCAUGACAGAAAUGCACUACUGAAAUCAUGGGACAAUGACUUGCCUGCAGUGUCCUGCUCUACUUUGUCAAAGUAUAAGAAGAAUAGGUUGGUGAAUGAAAGGAAGUAUAGGAGUAAUGGAACACAUGGUUUGGAUAAUGUGGAAUAUACCUCUGAUAGAGAAAUUAGGAGGCGCUUAUCAAAGUUGAACAAGAAAUCUAUGGACUCUGAGAGUGAAACAUCUGAUGAUGAUCUUGAUAAGUCUUACGAAGAUGGAAAGAGUGACACUGAUACUACAACCUCUGACACUGAAAGCGAUCGAGAAGUACAUUCAGAAAGUCUAAGUAGGGAGUCAAGAGGGGAGGGAUACUUGACAUCUGAGGAAGAGCUGGAUUUUAUAACUGAUGAUCGAGAGUGGGGUGCUCGCAUGACAAAAGCGAGCCUGGUUCCUCCAGUUACCAGGAAAUAUAAAGUCAUUGAUCAAUAUUGCAUUGUAGCUGAUGAGGAGGAUGUGCGAAGGAAGAUGAGGGUUUCAUUACCAGAUGACUAUGCUGAGAAGCUGAGUGCACAAAAGAAUGGUACUGAGGAGUCAGAUAUGGAACUUCCUGAAGUGAAAGAUUACAAACCUAGAAAGCAGCUAGGACAUGAGGUUAUUGAGCAAGAAGUUUAUGGAAUUGAUCCUUUUACACACAAUCUUUUGCUUGAUUCUAUGCCUGAAGAGUUAGAUUGGACUCUGCCGGAUAAGCAUUUGUUUAUAGAAGAUACACUCCUUCGAACAUUGAAUAAACAAGGUAGGAAUUUUACUGGAUCUGGAAGCACUCCAAUGAGCUACCCAUUGCGGCCUAUUGUUGAAGAUAUUAAAAGGCAUGCUGAGGAGGAUUGUGAUACAAGAAUGGUUAAAAUGUGUCAAGGUAUUCUAAAGGCUAUGGACAGUCGGCCAGAUGACAAAUACGUAGCUUAUAGAAAGGGGCUUGGUGUUGUUUGCAACAAGGAAGAAGGAUUUGCAGAAGAUGAUUUUGUUGUGGAGUUUUUGGGAGAGGUUUAUCCUGUGUGGAAGUGGUUUGAGAAACAAGAUGGGAUUCGAUCUCUUCAGAAAGAUAGUAAAGAUCCAGCACCAGAAUUCUACAACAUCUACCUUGAGAGGCCAAAGGGUGAUGCUUAUGGGUAUGACUUGGUUGUCGUAGAUGCCAUGCAUAUGGCUAAUUAUGCCAGUCGAAUAUGUCAUUCUUGCCGACCUAACUGUGAAGCCAAGGUUACUGCUGUUGAUGGUCAAUAUCAAAUUGGUAUUUACAGUGUUCGUAAGAUUCAACAUGGUGAGGAGAUCACUUUCGACUACAAUUCUGUAACAGAGAGCAAGGAGGAGUAUGAAGCAUCCGUUUGUCUGUGUGGAAGCCAAGUAUGCCGUGGGAGCUAUCUGAAUUUGACUGGUGAAGGGGCUUUCCAAAAGGUUUUGAAGGACUCUCAUGGAAUACUUGAUCGUCAUUAUUUGAUGCUGGAAGCUUGUGAAUUAAAUUCUGUGUCUGAAGAGGACUAUACUGAUCUGGGAAGAGCUGGUUUGGGCAGUUGUUUGCUUGGAGGCCUGCCAGAUUGGCUUGUUGCUUAUGCGGCUCGCCUUGUGAGAUUCAUCAAUUUUGAAAGAACAAAACUUCCUGAAGAAAUUCUAAAGCAUAAUCUGGAAGAAAAAAGAAAGUAUUUUUCAGAUAUAUGUCUUGAAGUAGAAAGGAGUGAUGCCGAGGUUCAGGCUGAGGGUGUUUACAACCAAAGGCUUCAGAAUCUUGCUGUCACUCUUGAUAAGGUAAGGUAUGUUAUGAGAUGUAUUUUUGGCGACCCACGUAAAGCACCACCACCACUUGAGAAGCUCAGUCCUGAAGCAACUGUUUCCUUCCUCUGGAAAGGUGAGGGCUCAUUUGUUGAGGAGCUUCUUCAGUGCAUUGCUCCUCAUGUUGAAGAAGACAUCUUGAAUGAUCUUAAGUUUAAAAUUCAUGCUCACGAUCCUUCAAAUGCAGUAGAUAUUCAGAAAGAGCUUCGGAAGUCUUUGUUAUGGUUGAGGGAUGAGGUCCGAAAUCUUCCUUGUACAUAUAAAUGUCGGCAUGAUGCUGCUGCUGACUUAAUCCAUAUUUAUGCUUAUACCAAGUACUUCUUUAGGAUACAGAAUUAUCAAACAAUUACAUCACCACCUGUCUAUAUUAGUCCACUUGACUUAGGUCCCAAGUACACUAACAAGUUGGGAGCAGAAUUUCAGGAGUAUCGAAAGAUAUAUGGUGAAAAUUAUUGUUUAGGACAGCUGAUAUUUUGGCAUAACCAGAGUAAUGCAGAUCCAGAUCGGAGCCUGGCUAGAGCUAGUAGGGGUUGCUUGUCUUUACCAGACACCAGUUCCUUUUAUGCCAAGGCUCAGAAACCCUCUCGACAUUGUGUUUAUGGUCCGAGGACUGUCAGAUCUAUGCUGGCUAGAAUGGAGAAGCAGCCGCAGAGAUCUUGGCCCAAAGACCGGAUAUGGUCAUUCAAAAGUUUCCCGAAAUUCUUUGGUAGCCCAAUGUUAGAUGCUGUAGUAAAUAACUCUGCACUGGACAGGGAGAUGGUUCAUUGGUUGAAGCACAGACCUGCCAUAUUCCAAGCCAUGUGGGACCGUGAGAUUAAUGGGAUGAAUAUAUAUCAUCCUCAAAUAAUAAUACAUGGGAAGGGGGAGAUCAAUAAGAAGAGAUAUGGGGAGAGAUUGUGUUUAUGCAAAGAUGGAAGAACACGGGACCCUAGCAGUGUGAAGAGAAGCGCUAUAACCUUAACAAAAUUGAGCAUCCUAGCCGUUGGAUGGUGA